AUGGUCUGUGGUGCACACUGCAUAUUUCUGUGACAAAUAUUACCAUAGUAACGCUGUCACUCAGGCGUAAACAAAAUUCGCGAAGGCGAAUGUUAUUCACAAAUUGUGAAUUAAUCAUUAAUUUAUUUAUUUGAAUAUGUUCAUUUAUUUAAGCAAGAAGAUUGCUAUACCAAAUCAAACGAAAAUAAAUGCUUUAGCUUGGAAUAAGGAAGAUGGGUACAUAGCAGUUGGGGGUGAAGGUGGUCUUCUGAAAGUGUUCAAACUGGAUGCGGGGUCAGAAAAUGAAACCAACAAAAACAAAGGUCUAUCAAUUACCAGCAACUUGUCGUUGAAUCAAACAUUAGAGGGCCACAACGAUAGUAUCAAAGUACUUGUUUGGAACGAAUCUCAAAAAAAAUUAACCACCAGCGACAGUAGUGGUGUUAUUAUAGUAUGGAUGAUGUAUAAAGGCUCUUGGUAUGAAGAAAUGAUUAAUAAUAGGAAAAAGUCUACUGUUGUUGGUAUGUCAUGGAGCUCUGAUGGGCUUAAAAUUUGUAUUAUCUAUGAAGAUGGUGCUGUUAUUGUUGGUUCAGUGGAUGGAAAUAAAAUAUGGGGAAAGGAAUUGAAAUUUGUUCAAUUAUGUUGUGUUCAAUGGUCUCCCGAUGGAAAAUUGCUAUUGUUUGGCCUGAAAAAUGGACAAGUCCAUGUAUAUGAUAAUCAGGGAUCUUUCAUCAAAAAACUGACAAUACACUGUUUAGAUAAUUCAGAAGAUGAAGUUCCUGUAUCUUGUAUAGAUUGGUAUAGCGGGAAGUAUGGCUACAUGUAUUAUUUUUGUCCAAAUUUAGCAGUAUGUUAUGAGAAUGGUCGAGUCCAAAUUAUGUAUAAUGAAAUCGGAACAUCUGAAUCUUUUAUCGUCCUGAAUACUGGAAUGACUAUUGUUCACUGCAAUUGGAAUCACAAUGGAUCACUGUUAGCUAUUGCAGGAAGACAAAUGAUUGAUGAAAAAUACUCAAAUCUUGUGCAAUUCUACAAUCCACUUGGAGAGCACUUACGAACAUUGAAAGUGCCUGGUACAUCUAUCACAUCAUGUGUUUGGGAAGGAGGAUCUCUAAGGGUAGCUCUAGCAGUCGAUUCGUCAAUUUAUUUCGCAAAUAUACGACCUGAUUAUAAGUGGUGCUACUUCAAGAACACCUUGGUGUAUACUUCAUGGAAGCAUCAGAAACCCGGCCUGUAUCUAACUUUCUGGGAUCUCACUAAUGAUCAGGUUCAUAGUCAGCAUUUAUCAGCUUUGUUAGCCAUUGCUGGAUGUGAAGACUAUUGUGUUCUUGCGGUGCCUUCAGAUUCAGCUGAAGAAACUGGUGGAAAAUAUGGUUUACUUCUUUGUAAUGCAGUCGGAACUCCAGUAGAUGGAAAAUAUGUCAACAUAGAAACCCUUUUUGUUAGUAUGAGCUCGACUUUCGUGGCAGCAGCAUCUAAAAAUAAUUUUUUAAUAUGGCAGUAUAAAACCCCUAAAUCUAUUGGAGUGGAAGGUAAUCAAAUGAAAUGUUCCAUUUUCCACAUUGAUGACACACCUUUGGGUACAACGAACAUUAUUCAAGACUUAGACGACACCGAAAUUGUACAAACAACCAGAACUCAUGCAAGUUUUGAUCCAAUAUGCUGCUUAGCUUGCUCAAAUAAAUGCUUAGUGGUAGGCAGGGAGAGUGGAACUAUACAAUAUUAUGCUCUACCCCACAUCGUUUUAACAAAAAGAUAUAAGGUACAAGCUAGACCCCACAAACUUGCCAUUAACUGUAGUUCCACAAAGAUGUCUGUCAUAGACGUGGCUGGUGUUUUAACGAUAAUAGAUAUUUCUGAUGGUUUGGGACGUCCAUCCGUACCAAUUGAAAGUAAUAAAUUCGAAAGAAAAGAUGUCUGGUCUAUGUGCUGGGCUUCAGACAAUCCCCAACUGCUUGCAAUUAUGGAAAAAACGCGAAUGUAUAUUUUUAAAGGAACUUCCCCAGAAGAACCAAUCACUUGUUCAGGAUACAUUUAUAGUUUCAAUGACCUAGAAGUCGAGUCUGUUCUUCUCGAUGAAUUAACUCAAAGUACAGAGAAGCCAACAAGAAAUUGUUUAGUGAAGGUGGAAGUUAAAAGUUUGAGGGACACUAGGAUCCUACUGGAGAAAGUUGGUCUAACAGAAACUGAAAGUUUCAUUGAGGAUAAUCAACAUCCCAGAUUAUGGCGUUUAUUGGGUGAAGCAGCGCUGAAAAAAAUGGAUUUAGAUAUGGCUUCUAAUGCUUUCAUUAGAUCGAAAGAUUAUGCCAGGGUUUUAUUCGUAAAAAAAUUAACUGAAUUCAACAACCAAACAAUAAAUAAAGGAAAAAUUGCUUCAUAUUUCAAAAAUUUCGAUGAAGCAGAAAAAAUAUACAUGGAAGUGGAUAGGAACGAUCUUGCGUUGGAAAUGAGACAAAUGUUAGGAGACUGGUUUCGGGUCAUUCAAAUACUGAAAAACGGUGCCACAGCUUCUGAUGAAGUUCUGGAAAAAGCUUAUGAGGCCACAGCAAUGUUUUUCAAGGAUUCUAAUAAUUAUUCUGCUGCUGCUGAAUAUUUUGAACUUGCAAAAAAUACUACGGAAGUUAUUGAAUGUUACUAUCUUUUGGAGGAUUAUGAUAAAUUAGCUUCCUACAUUGAUAUUUUGCCAGAAGCUGAUCCUUCACUAAAGAGAAUAGGAGAUAUGUUUGCUAUGCACGCGGUUCAUUCUGAAGCUGUUAGAGCAUAUAUCAAAUUUGGGAGUGUGAAACCAGCUAUUGAUUUAUGUGUACUACAUAAUAGAUGGGACACAGCCAUCGACUUGGCUAAGAAGUAUAAUAUCUCUAAAAUAUCCGAAUAUUUUACAAAGUAUACGAAACAUCUGAUUGAUCAAAAUAAAGUAUAUCAAGCUAUCGAUGUGAAUGUUCAAGCAAAAUUCUACUUUGAAGCAUCUGUUCACGCCUUUCGUUUUGCUAAUAAAAUAGCAAAAAAAACAGGAAUUUCACUGAUUGAUAAAAAAAAACAUUUUGUGUAUGGAGCAAAACUGUUAGAACUCAAUAAUAGACAAACAAAUCCAGUGGAAAUGGUAACAGGGGAUACUGAUAUGUUUUUUAACCAAUGGAGGGGGGCCGAGGCUUAUCAUUAUUUCAUGUUAGCUCAAGAGCAACUGUAUAAUGGAAAACUGCACGAUUCACUCUGUACUAUUUACAAACUACAAGAUUAUGAUGAUUAUAUCAACCUGGCUGAAAUUUACUCCCUCUAUGCAUUCAUUGCUUGCUUGAAUAGAGCAUUUGGAUUAUGUUCAAGAGCUUUUAUAAAGUUGAAAAAAGGAGAUGGCACAAUGUCAGCUGCUGAAUGCAAUGAAUAUACCAAAUUAUCAUGGGAAAUAUUUCUCAAAAAUGAAGCCCAUGACAUGAGAGUUCAAAAAGUGCCAUGUUUCAAAUGCAAUACUUUGAUUCCAUAUUGGAGUACAACUUGUUCAGGAUGUCAGGAAAAGUUUUCAACAUGUGUAGCAUCAGGAAAGCCCCUAAUCGAAGGGUUGAAUACCUGGGAGUGUAAGGAAUGCAACCAUAAAGCUUCAGCACAUCUUAUGAAUUUCAUUAAAAAUUGCCCUUUGUGUCAUACAUCCAUAAUUUGAAUAAUUCUUCACUUACCACAGGAACAUGUUUCAAUGAAAUUACUUUUGAAAAAAAUUCUUGAGGAGAAUAAAGAUCUGAUUAUAUUAA